AUGGCCGACUCAACGGAUUUUCUUGAAUUGUUUAUCGAAGAGAUGGGAAGCUUGAACAAGGGCUCGCUUCGAUUAACCGAACAGAACAUCAAGUUUCACCACGAUAACACUGGGAAUAUUUUGAAUUUGAAUGCCAAUGACCUGCAGAACAUUAAAUGGCAACGACUUGGAAACCGCCAUGGCAUCAAGUUCAUUUUUCAAGACGGAAAGAAAUACAGGAUUGGUGGAUUCAAAGAGACCGAUUUUGAAAAACUCAAUGGGUUUUCGAAAAACCGCUGGAAUAGAGAAAUUGAGAAAAUCGAUCUAUCGUUGAAAGGAUGGAACUAUGGAGACUGCAACGUGGACGGACAGUCAAUAGAGUUUGCAGUCGAUGGAAAACCUUGCUUUGAGGUUCCACUUUCCAAUGUCUCUAACGCGGUUGCCAACAAAAAUGAAGCUGUGCUAGAAUUUCAUCAGAAUGAUGAUUGUCCCGUUGCUCUCAUUGAAAUGCGAUUUCACAUCCCAACUAACGAAGAUGAUAAUAUUGAUCCUGUUGAGGAAUUUCGAAAAGCUGUUCUGGCUUAUGCGGGUAUUGAAACGGACUCUGGUCAGGCAAUUGCCACACUCAAUCAAAUUUUGUGUACUACUCCUCGUGGUCGCUACGACAUCAAAGUCUAUCCCAACAAUUUGUCUCUUCACGGAAAAACGUACGACUACAAAAUUCCAAUCAAAACGAUUCAGCGUUUGUUUCUCGUUCCACAGAAAGACGGUCGACAUAUGUAUUUUGUGUGCUCACUGGCUCCACCAAUUCGCCAAGGACAGACACGCUAUCAUUACCUCGUUUUUGAAUUCGCUCGCGAGGAUAAAAUGGAAAUCGAAUUGGGGCUAACAGAUGACCAAUUGAAACAACAAUAUGGUGACAAACUCCAGCGUAACUUGGAGGGCCCGGUUUACGAGAUUGUUUGCAAGUUGUUCCGCGUCUUGGUUGGAAUGAAGGUUACGACUCCUGGAAAGUUUGUUGGACACAGUGGCACUCCGGUCAUUGUUUGCGCUCAUCGGCAGACGUCAGGAUUUUUGUAUCCUCUUGAAAAGGGAUUCCUUUACAUUCAUAAACCUCCUAUGUACAUUCGUUUUGAUGAGAUUUCAUCCGUUCAUUUUGCUCGAUCAGAUGUUUCGACCCGAUCCUUUGAUUUCGAAGUCGAAAUGAAGAGUGGAACAAAUCUUGUGUUUAACUCCGUCGAAAAGGAAGAAUACAGCAAACUUUAUGACUAUGUUCAAGGAAAAAGUCUUCGUAUUCGGAACGCAAAGAAAGUGGAAAACUUGCGUAACACGGAUAUGUUUGCCGACAGUGAUGAGGAGCACGAUCCAUACAAAGAACAUGUCAAAAAAGAGGGCAAAGAUCGGGAAGCCGAGAGAAAUGCGGCAGUGGAUGAUGAGUCAGAUCCUGAAGACGAAGACUAUGAUCUUGACGAUGACCUGGCUAAGCGCCGAAAAGAAAGGGAACAGAAUUCUUCGGAGGGAAGCGAGAGCGAACCAACUGAAGAAUGGGACUCUUCUGGUUCUGAUGUAGUCAAGGAAAGCGAUAUUGACGAGAAUGACGAUGGAUCACAGAAAAAGGUCAAGAAAGAGAAAAAGAAGAGGGAAAAGAAAAGCAAGGAUGAAGCAGGAGAAGGCCGACGAAAGAAGCGAGCAAAGAAGGACCCUAACGCUCCCAAACGAGCAACCACUGCUUACAUGAUAUGGCUUAACGAAAAUCGAGCUGAAAUCAAGAAAGAAGGCGAUACUGUGGCUGACACAGCUAAACGUGGUGGUGAACUGUGGAAAGCAAUGGGUGAAAAUGAUAAACGUCCUUGGGAAGAAAAAGCCGGUAAAGAUAAGGAACGCUACGAUGAGGAAAUGCGCGAAUGGAGAAAAAAUGGAGGCGGUUCAACCUCUGCCGCGGGAAAGACUGACAAACCAGACAAGCCCGACAAACCAGCUAAAGCAGCCAAGACGACAGACACAACAACCACAAAAUCUCCUUCAAAAGCAGCUAAAUCUCGCGAAUAUGUUGAGACAUCGGAUUCAUCUGAAUCGGAAGACGAGCCGUUGGAAAAACUCAAAGAAAAAAAGAAGACUAAAGAAGUCAAAGAAGAUCGCAAUCAGAAGCCAGCAGAAUCUGCUUCGUCAAAAGAGGAAUCCAGCGCCAAUGAUUCAGAUAGUGAU